AUGAGCUCGAAUGUCAGAAUUGGGAAGCUCACAAAGACACCUCCACCUAAACUGUCCGCUCAACCUCAUGAAGAGUAUUCGCUCGCAGAGGUAGACGAGGACGAUGAAUAUGCUGCAAGCAUCUCGGAGUCGGAGGCAGAAGAGCAAGCCUCGAACAAUGGGCCGUUCGGAAUGCUUUAUGUGAUAGGUCUCCCGACUUCGUUUUGUGAGGAGGACGUCGCCGAUGCGUUUGCUCCAUUCGCAAAGGUAGAUGGCGUGUGGCUAGAACGGAGCGACUCUGGCGAGCCCAAGGGUGCCGCUGCUAUCAUGUUCAAGAGGACCGAGGUCGCCCAACGCAUAGAGCGUAUGAGCACUUUCACGCCGAUCAAGGUGCACGGCAGUCCCAUCUCCCCGUACUUCGUCGAGUGCCCUCCGCGAGAGGUGAACGGCAAGGUACUCAAGGUGUACAACCUUCCCGAAGGCGCCGCCGCGCAGGAGGUGAGAGAGCUCUUCGAGGCGCACGGCGCGAUUACCACCAGACUUGUGGGGACAAGAGCGAGCAUCCGUUUCACAUACGAGGAGGAAUGCGAGAACUUCUGGGAUAUGUGCGUCAGCGACCCCGUCGUCCUAGGAGACAAGACUCUUCGCUUCGCUCGGGACGGGUGGUUCACGAGGAGCUCCGCCUUGAAAAACUGGGUGUAUAUUAUGGAUCUGCCGCCGACAGCGACCGUGCCGAAAUUGGAAUCAAUUUUCUCAGAAGCCAGCGAGAUCAGGAUAUAUCCCCUGGACAAAAACGAUUCUUCUCGCUACGCAUUGAUCCGCUUUAGAAGCUAUGAGCUCGUUCUCAAAGCUCUGAACAUGAGGGGAAUGCCGCCUAUGAUUGGCAAUCACCGACUGGAGGUUUCCUCGUUCAUGGGGCGUUUCAUCUCACCCUUGAAAGCUGCAAGGAUACUCAUUCGAGAAUCACCACAUCGUCCUGGGCAAGGUCCCGAAAUCAGAUUGUAA